GUCUUCCGGAGUGUGUUAAAACAGAGAAGAUAACAUAGGAUUUUUCUUCUACCAUGAAAAUAUUACCUGAAGGACAAUUGAGGCUCUGUGUGGUUCAGCCAGUACAUCUCUCAUCGUGGCUGUUUAUAUUUUUUAUUUUGAAGUCUAUUACCUCUCUAAAACCUGCCCGGCUUCCCAUUUAUCAAAGGAAACCAUUUAUAGCUGCUUGGAAUGCCCCAAUAGAUCGAUGCUUAAUCAAAUACAACAUAAAACUCAAUUUGAAAAUGUUUCAAGUGGUUGGAAGCCCACUGGCCAAGUCCAGGGGGCAAAAUGUCACUAUAUUUUAUGUUAACAGAUUGGGAUAUUAUCCCUGGUAUACUCCACAAGGGGUCCCCAUUAAUGGGGGUCUCCCCCAGAACAUAAGUUUGAAAGUCCAUCUGGAAAAAGCUGAUCAAGACAUUAAUUACUAUAUCCCUGCUGAAGAUUUCAGUGGGCUUGUUGUGAUAGAUUGGGAGUACUGGAGACCACAGUGGGCCCGAAACUGGAACACAAAAGAUGUCUACAGACAGAAGUCAAGAAAGCUUAUUUCAGAAAUGCGAGAGAAUAUAUCAACCACUGAUAUUGAAAUUUUAGCCAAAGCAAAUUUUGAGGAAAGUGCAAAAGCUUUCAUGAAGGAAACCAUCAAACUGGGGAUCAAGAGGCGACCCAAAGGCCUUUGGGGCUAUUAUUUAUAUCCUGAUUGCCACAAUUACAAUGUUGGUGACCCUGACUACACAGGAUCAUGUCCAGAAGAGGAAGUGCUGAGGAACAACGAACUCUCUUGGCUCUGGAAUAACAGUGGUGCUUUGUAUCCUUCCAUUGGGGUCAGGAAAUCCCUCGGGGACAGUGAAAACAUUCUGCGCUUCUCACAGUUCCGGGUGCAGGAAUCCAUGCGGGUUUCCACCAUGACAUCGCACGAUUACGCCCUGCCUGUGUUUGUCUACACCAGGCUGGGAUACAGAGAUGAACCUUUAGUUUUCCUUUCUAAGCAAGACCUCAUCAGCACCAUAGGUGAAAGCGCUGCCUUGGGAGCUGCGGGCUUUGUGAUUUGGGGAGACAUGAAUUUAACUUCAUCUGAGGGCAACUGUACGAAGGUGAAGCAGUUUGUGAGCUGUGACCUUGGGCGCUACAUCCUCAAUGUGACCACCGCAGCUGAGCUGUGCAGCCGGCACCUCUGCAGAAACAAUGGCAGGUGCACCCGGAAGUGGUGGCAGGCUCCCCAUUACCUUCACCUGAACCCUGCAAGCUACCACAUCGAGGCCUCCGAGUUCGGAGACAUUACUGUAGCAGGAAAAGCAUCCGAUAGAGACCUGGAGGUGAUGGCGGAGAGAUUUUCCUGUCAUUGUUACCAGGGCUAUGAAGGGGCUGACUGCCGGGAAAGAACGGCGGAUGAUGGUUGUGCCGGGGUCCCACCUGUCUCUAACUCAUUAAUGAUAUCUUAUCUGCUGGUUUUGGCGUGUUAUUGGAACAUUCAGCUGUGA